CUACAGUGUCGCAUUAGCUAUCGUUGGGGUCGGGCGCACGUCACGUCGAUUGGGGAUGACUGGUGUUAACAGUUAGCAAUUUUUUGGCACUGUGUUUUACAUUCCACAUACAAUUAUUUUAAUAUUGACAUUACUAUUUUAGCUGUUUAUGUUAUGAAAGACUUGUUGUCACGCUGUAAAGAUGGAAGUUAACCGGUAUUUUUGUGUGGCAUUUGGAGCUGUAUUCUUUUUUAUGACGAGUAAACUGUUGCGUCUGCUUCAGCCUUCACAAAUUUCCUGCGCCCGUCAGGCGUGGAAAUGGAAAAAUGCUGCUAAUUCUUUCCUUCAUUCCAUAAUAACUGGAGUUGGCGCUCUAUGCUGUUUCUACGAGCAUCCUGCCAUGGCGGAGGACCUCAUCAGCAGCCACACAAAAGGCGGUCUGGGGCUGGUGUCGUUUUCCGUAGGCCUCAAGUACGCAAUAGUCGCACUCUUGGUUGAGGUGAACAGCAUCUUCCUUCACUACCGCCAGCUACUCGUAGUGGAGGGCAUGAGCAGGUGUAGCUCACAGUACAGACUCACCGCUCUCUUCAACGUCGCCACCUUCCUUGUGUUCCGCAUUGCUGUGCUCGGUUGGAUGACGAGGUGGCUUGUGCUGCAUAGCGACAUGGUCCCGCUGGCUGUCUACACUCUCGGCUCUAUUGCUAUGGCAAUCAUUGUGUUGAUGAAUAUAAUUCUGUUCUUCCGUAUCCUCAUCGUGGAUUUCUUCCGCCAGCACAAGAACAAAACUGCACAAGACCAGUCACGAGAUGAGGCGCGAUGCGAGCAUCGGAGCGGUGCUUCGAUGACGCAAAGCAGCUCGUCCAUUUAUGCACCUCAGGCAGAAAUGCACAUCGAUUGAUAAAAAUACUCAAGCGGACCUACCAAGUGCCUACCGUAACAACUUUCAUAAUGAGUUAUUUUAACAAGUUAGUCACGUAAGAAUUUUUUUUAAUACUUCGUAAAUGGUUUAGUCCAGUUUCGUAUUUUUCUACGCAACUGCUUGUAGGAUCCGGCAAUGGAACACAUUUAUCUGUGACGAUGGAAGCACUCAUAGGAAGAGUUGAUUUUUUCGUUGAGGUGAAUAUUAACGAUGUGCUGUCUUCAUUGUUACGUAAAGUAAUAUUAUUCCAGCCGUGAUCUCAAUCGCGCGAAGUACAAAUGUUGCAUGCGUAAUGAAUCGUUUUAAUAUUAUUUGUUGUGCGACCGGACCACUUAACAAUGGACUGUUGUUACAGUUUGAAUUCGAAGUCACAAUGGAUUGUAGUGUUCAGGAGCUCGAUCUUGCUGAUGUUUUUAAUUUUGGCUGCUACUUUAUCCGGUCAAACCUUUGUGCCUCAAUGCUAUUCGUACCCAAAGGUCUGGUUACAAAAUUUGCCGUCAGUAAAUAAAAGGUCAAGUCUUUGGAUACGAAUACAGAACAUACUUCUAUUUUAACUGGUAACGAAAGCUACCGCCAGUACAUUUAUGGCUGAAGUACUUUAUAAACAUCUCGCUUCUGAUGACAAUAUACUUACUAAAAUUGUCAACUUAAGGGAAAUUAAUAUGAUCCUCAUGAUUUCAUUUACCUAAUAUACCACAGCUACAUGUCGUACUAGUCUGCUUAAUCUUUUGUUUAAUAAUGUAUGCAAGGGCAAUAAAUAGACAGUGUAUCAUUUUCAGAUUCAGAUGCGCAAUUUAAUGAGAAUCCAGUUUUAGAAUUCUUUACACAAUCUAUGUUCAGAAAAGAAAUCACCAAGGUUUGCUUUCUUGAAUAAUAUCCGCUUUUACACAUAUGUAUCUAACCAAUAAGUUUCCAUUUUACUGGUUACGUGAUCAUAUAAAUGUAAUGCCCAAAUCAUUAUACCCCAAUAAUCGCAUGGUCAACUAAAUUAGAAUCAUUUA